GUCAGUUUAAUGUGGACCUGUCUUGAGUUGCCAAGUGGAUUUGAAGGUGCCUGCAGCAACACUUGAGUAGCACAAUGAGGCUUCUUUUUGUUUGUGUUUUUGGCCUUUUACCAAGCAUCACAAUGAGUCUGUCUGCUAAGGAGACGGUUGCUGUCCUUUCCCUGAUGGGUGAGAUUUCACGAAAUGCUGAAGAUUUGGGUGCUGAGGCUUUGACCAGGCUUUUCCUUAGCUUUCCCCAAACCAAACUCUAUUUCCAACACCUCGACCUGACCCCUGGCUCCAAUGACCUCAAAAAACAAGGUGCAAAGGUUAUGAAUGCUCUUAAAAAUGCAGCUGAUCACCUGAAUAACCUUGCUGACAACCUGUCCUCCCUCGCUGACCAGCAUGCAUACCAGUUAAGAGUGGAUCCAGGAAACUAUAGUCUGCUUUCUAUGGCUAUCCAGAUAACCUUGGCUACUCACUUCCCUGCUAAGUUCACUCCCGAUGUUCAGGCUGCCUGGGGAAAAUUCCUAGCUGAAGUUGGUGCAGUCUUCACCUCCAGAUACAAAUAAAUGAAUCCUGUAUAACAGGCAAGAAAUGUGGAAUGGGAAGUUCUUUGGGCUCUUUUCAAUCACUACCUAGUUGCAAUGAUUUACUUGUGUGUCCAUCAAAUGUAUCUGUGGCGUACUCCUUGAAUAAAGCCCAAUAUAUUUUUCA